GAAAUUGUUUACAACAAAAAUAAAAACAAAAAAAUAAUCAUAUUUUCAAUAACAAAAUAUUUUCUGUGAUUAAUUAUGCUGAAAACCCGUAAGAUGCGGUAAAUUAUUGAUCAACUUUUUUAAUUUCAAAUUUUAUCCGAUCAAUAAUCACGAAUUAAGUUCACGGGCGCGGACCAGUAACCACAGCCGCUACCACCACAUAACCUUCAAUGACAAGCGACACCUGUCGUUAGUGUCAGUGGUUGCCGUUGGUGUGUUGAGAUAAACAAUGCUGUUUUUAUCAAUUCGCAGAAGUUUAUUGAUCAACACAAUGUAUCCGCAUUAACUAUAAUAACUUACUUAUGUUUAUCUUCGAGAAUUUCGAGCGCAUAAAUGAUAGUGUUAAACUUAGACACGAAAAAACGUCGAAUAUCAGCGCAAAUUCGUUCUGGGUAACAUAGCACAAAAACCCAUUUAAAAAUGAGCAGACGUAAAAAAGUUAAAUUGGAAAUCAAAGAACCGGACGAGAAACCCAAUGCGGCCGACGAGGAGAACGCAGAAAACUCGGAAAAAGGUAAAAAUCAACUGCUUGAUAAGAAGCUGAGUCCGGGGCCCAGCUCGUCGAAACUUGCUAAAAAAGAAACGAAAAAAGAGGACGGCCGUGUUGACGAUGACAAGAAAAACGACGAUCCCGAUUCAGAGUUGGAUGAUCCUGUUAUAAAAGAUCUGUUUUCCGGGCUAGAAGGGGCCGCGUUUCAGAGCCGAAUGCCAUUCGACAAACUAACCUCAACUGAAGCAGCAUGUUUUCCGGAUAUAGCGAACGCUGCUUUGCAAACAGUGAGAGUUUAUCUAAACGUACGUAAUCGGAUCCUACAAAUGUGGCUGGAUAACCCCAAACAGCAACUAAUCCUGGAGAAUGUGAUUGAAAAAAUGGAAUCGCCAUAUAAUAGUGAUUUACAACUAGUUAAAAGAGCGCACGCAUUUUUAGAACGAAACGGCUUUAUAAAUUAUGGUGUUUUUAAAAGAUUAAAACCCAUUCCUGUUAAAAAACAUGGUAAAGUUAUAGUAAUAGGGGCUGGUAUAGCUGGUCUUGUAGCAGCGCAACAAUUACAACAAUUUGGGUUAGAAGUUAUAGUGUUAGAAGCCAGAGAUCGCGUGGGCGGGCGUAUCGCUACAUUUAGAAAAGGUAACUACAUAGCAGACGUAGGUGCUAUGGUGGUAACUGGUUUAGGUGGUAAUCCAAUUACAACAAUCAGCAAACAAAUCGACAUGGAACUGCAUCGUAUACGACAAAAGUGCCCCUUAUACCAAUCGAAUGGUGUUACAGUAGAUAAAGACAAAGAUGAAAUGGUUGAAAGAGAAUUUAAUCGAUUACUAGAAGCCACUUCCUACUUAUCCCACCAAUUAGAUUUCAAUUAUGCAGGUAACAAACCCGUCAGUUUAGGGCAAGCCCUAGAAUGGGUCAUAAAAUUACAAGACAAGCACGUCAAAGAGAAGCAAAUACAGCAUCUCAAAGCUGUUAUAACACUGCAAGAAAAAUUAAAAACCAACCAACAAAAUUUAGUGAAUACUAAGGAAAAAAUGACAGAUAUCAAAGAGCAAGUGGACAAAAUGGCGGCCAUAGAAAAACGUAACACUGACGAACAAUUCGCUUAUGCAAGCGGCAUAAAAGAUUUAAAAGAUCUGGCCACCCAAUGGGAUCAAUUAAUGGAGCAAGCAAAGGAGAUUGAAGGCAAAUUAGAAGAUCUGGAAAAUUCUAAACCUAGUGAUGUAUACCUAUCGUCUAAAGACCGACAAAUAUUAGACUGGCAUUUUGCUAAUUUAGAAUUUGCCAAUGCCACCCCUCUAUCCACUUUAUCUCUAAAACAUUGGGACCAAGAUGACGAUUUCGAGUUCACCGGUAAUCAUUUAACAGUACGUAAUGGUUAUUCAUGUGUUCCAGUAGCACUAGCAGAAGGGCUAGACAUCAAACUAAACGCAGCUGUUAAAAAAGUCGAAUACAACCACGGUGGUGUGGAAGUUACUGUUUACAAUCCCAGGAACCCUUUAACUACCAACACUUAUCAUGCGGAAGUAGUACUUUGUACCCUACCAUUAGGAGUACUAAAAUUAAGUGUAGUACCAUCCAGUGGACAGCUAAACACGAUACAGUUCUCGCCGCCGUUACCUGAUUGGAAAACCUCAGCAAUUCAACGAUUAGGCUUUGGAAAUCUGAAUAAAGUAGUCUUAUGCUUCGAAAGAAUAUUUUGGAACCCACAAGCCAAUUUAUUCGGUCACGUGGGAAGCACCACUGCUAGUAGAGGGGAAUUGUUCCUGUUCUGGAACCUGUACAAAGCCCCAGUAUUGUUAGCGCUGGUAGCAGGUGAAGCAGCAGCUAUAAUGGAGAAUGUUACUGACGAUGUUAUAGUGGGGAGGUGCAUAGCCGUAUUGAGGGGUAUUUUCGGACAAUCAGGGGUACCGCAACCAAAGGAGACAAUCGUGACUCGUUGGAGGGCUGAUCCCUGGUCCAGAGGGUCUUACAGCUUCGUCGCGGUGGGUAGUUCCGGUAGUGAUUACGAUUUGCUAGCUUCCCCUGUGAUCCCGCCCAAUGAACAAGGUGCUUCAGUGACUGAGGGCCCUGCUAGGGUGUUUUUCGCGGGCGAACACACUAUUAGGAAUUAUCCAGCUACAGUGCACGGGGCGUUUUUAAGUGGUCUCAGGGAAGCCAGCAGGAUUGCUGAUCAAAUUAUUGGGAAUCCCUGUAAGCCGCAACCAGCUGAAUGAGUUGCGUGCUGUUAUUGUGAUGUGUGCCUACGCAAAAUUAUUUAUAUUUAUCCAAAACUGUAAAAGAACCGAGAAUAUUGUAUACAGGGCAAGAGUGCCUCAUUAAUAAAGUCACAGAGGAAAUUUAAUAUCUCUAAAACUAUUAGAAAUAUUUCAAUUCUGUAAAAGAACACCCACCAAUUUAAUAGCAUGAAUUGUAGUCAUUUACAUUAGAAAAUCUCAAAAAAUGUACAUUCUAUCUAAAAUAAUUUGUAUUCAAAAAUUAAUACAUAAAUAAUAACUGGCUUUUGUACAAUUCAAAUAACUUUAUUAGGGUCAUUUGGACCACUAACUAUUAAGAAAUGAGAUAAGCUUAAAAUUAAGAAAAUGUAAUUUUAAACUUAUCUUAUUUCUUAACAUCUAGCAGGGUAAAUAGACCUUAGUUUCUGAGAUAUUUGGCUUCAGGAAACCCUGUAUAGCUAUAUUUUGUAAAAUAUAAAUAAUAUAAUUUUUUAUUAAUUUUGACAGAUAAAGAUCAUAUCUGUUUUUGGAAUAAUAACUAAACAAAAGUGGUGAAAAUACGAGUUGUGACUAUUAAGGGUCUAAUUUUGUAAUUGAAAAAAUGUUAUCAUGUGAAUGCACAUUUUUGAAAUCAAAAAAUCAAAAUAAUAUUCAACAAAGAUAUAUUUUUUGAUUUCUUUUACUAGACUAGUCAAAUGUUUGAAUAAAAACAAUUUAUUGAAUUUCUUAAUUUUGUAUGUAAUAAAAAUAAUUUAAUGAACUUCAAUCAAAAAUUUUAGCCAACAAAGGUAAUGUUUUUUUUUUCUUUGGAUAAUUUCAAUAUAAAAUAUAGUAAAAAUCAAAAUGUAACUUUUUACAGAAGCGUUUUCAUUUUUUACAGUAAUUUUAUCAAUUAAUUAUUUUUUGUAAAAAUAUGUUACUUUUAUUUAAUGCUACAUCUGAAUACUCAAAAUAGCAACGUCAUAGAAGGUAGGUAUUUUACAAAAUUAUUGUGAUAUAUAUUAUUUAAAUGUUGCAUUAUCAAUGCACACUAAAUGAAUUUAUAAAUAAACUAGUUU